UGUAGAAAAUGAAAAGCUGUACUAUUAUUAAAAUUAAAAAAAAAAAAGGACUAUGGCCAAUAAAGAGUCUCACACAUUGGGAAAUAAAGUCACACUUAAGUCGGCGUCUGCGCUCACUGCCUUAAAAACAUUCACAGGUUCUGUUUCACAGCAUUAACAUGAGGUCAUUUAAGGCUUUUCGAGGAGGGGGGGAAGAGAAGACCGUGUACAGUUGAUCCUUGUUCGUUUCCACAAAUAUACCAAGUACAAAAAAAAUAUUUAUUACCUGCAUUGGAAGAAAUUGUUUACUUAUUGAAUGUUACCUGUUUAUGUAGAAAAGCAAAGUUUAGAUGUAAUAAAAAUGCAUUCUGUUAUUUGUUUUGUUUGUGGCUUCAUCUCUUUCUCUCAGCUGAACACGAGGUGGCAGCAGAGAGUCGCUCUGAGCAACUGCUUCAAAAGCAGUUACGCACGAGACUCAGUCUCAGAGUCUUUCUGGCUCCAACACAACAUGUACAACUUUAAUUAAGAUGAUUUUAGAUUAUUAAUUAGAUGAUUAAUCUGGGAUUAAACGUGUUUGGGAAGUUUGGCUGUGCGCGGUUCCUCCUUUACGCACAGAAGCAUGCUUGUUGGAGCUGCCAAAGCAUUAAUGUUGAUGAUUAGAGGGGAGGGGGUGACACAGGACAGGAGGGUGGAGUGGAGACAGACGGAGCUCUGAGGAUGGCACCAUGUUCUUCACUCCUCAGCUGCGGUUGGUCACAGAUGUUUUGGUUUUUGUUGUCUGAGCCAAACAGUGGCGUCCUGGAGUGACCUGACAGAAUGGCUGAAGACAACGAAAGCGCGUUAUUGAACCGGUCACAGGCGGAGGUUGACAGGUUCAGCAACCUGGAGGACAUCGAUGUGACGGCAGACGGCAACCCGGUGCUGAGGUUCCUCAUCUGCGUCGUCUACUCUGUCGUGUGCGCCGCGGGUCUGAUCGGGAACCUGCUGGUCCUCUUCUUCAUCAGAGUGAAAAAGGAGAGGAAAAGGUCCACGGUGAACUUCUUCGUGUUCAACUUGGCGGUGACGGACCUGCAGUUUGUCCUCACGCUGCCCUUCUGGGCUGUGGACACGGCGCUGGACUUCAGCUGGCCGUUUGGGAACGCCAUGUGCAAAAUCAUCCUCUCCAUCACGGUGAUGAACAUGUACGCGAGCGUGUUUUUCCUCACUGCCAUGAGCGUGACCCGCUACUGCUCAGUCGCCUCCGCGCUGAAGAACAGACGCCCGCAGAAAUCGUGUUCCGCCAAAUGGAUAUGCGCAAUUAUUUGGACACUGGCGACUCUGGCGACUGCGCCCACGUCCAUUUUCUCCACAGUCAGCAACGUGACCGGGGAGAAGCUGUGUUUGCUGAGGUUCCCGGGUGGACAGUACUCGCUGGCGGUUUAUCACAUACAGAAGAUCCUCGUGGGCUUCGUGUUGCCAAUGUGCGUCGUGUCCAUCAGCUACAUCAUGCUGCUGCGCUUCGUCCGCAAGCGCAGCAUGAAAACCAGCAACCCCAAGCGCAGAUCUCAGGUCACCAAGUCCAUCACCAUCGUCGUGUUGUCCUUCUUCCUGUGCUGGAUGCCAAACCAAGCCAUCACUCUGUGGAGCGUCCUGGUCAAGAUGAACGUUGCCAACUGGGACAGCGCGUAUUACAUCGUCCACACCUACGUGUUCCCGCUCACCGUGUGUUUGGCGCACACCAACAGCUGCCUGAACCCGAUCAUUUACUGCCUCAUGAGGAGGGAGUUCAGGAACAAACUGAAGGAUCUGGUUCGCAGAGGAUAGACGGUGUUAGGAAAGUGUGCAGGGCAACAGUGAGCAGUGCGCACCGGGUGCGCAUUUGGCACUUCCAUCAGUCCUUGUCUUUAAACGCGUGCGUAAAUGUAACCUGAGCCGUCUCUACUGAGAAACACGUGUCAUUGCUGAUGUCGUUACUGUUUGUUUGUAAAAAUUGAAAGUGUUAUGUUUCUCUGUUGUCCUGCAGUUUAAAGGACUGCGUGCGUAACUGCACGUGGCACGAGAACAGUUUAAUCAUAUAGUCAGCGUUAGACGCUCAAUGGCCACUUUAUUAGGUACACAGGACUCCUUACAUAUUAGCACAAUUGGAAUCUGGUGUGAUCUUCUGCUGUGGCUCCUCUCAGUGGCGCGCACAGACAUUUUAGGAUAGCGGGGGCUCAAGAAUAAAAAGAUACCUCCUCACUUAUUAAUUAAAACAGAGUCACGAACUCUUUUGGAGGCAGUCUUUGUUUAAUUUGUGAUGGAAAAAGUACAGUUAACUAAGAAUUGCAUUCGUACAUAUGUAAACAUUUGACAUAAUUAAAAUAUGUAAAAAAAAGCUACAGCACAAAACACACGGGUUGAGUUGGAAAAGUCACAAAUGGAGUUGCGUUUCACUUGUGGCUCACAAACCCUGACAUAGCAUUCUGAGUUAAUAGUGAAAAUACUUUUCUACGUUUACUGUUAAUCACUUAUCUCUUAUUUGUUUCAACCCUGAGUCAGUCUUACACUUAUUUUUAUAGCUUUGAAUCAUUUUUAUGUGGAAAAAUACCAUGUAGAGCAGCGAGGUCUCAAACUUGCAACCUGUGGUCCACAUUGGCUCCAGAGUUGUGAACUAUAUCUCGUUCCUUAUCAGCAUAGGCUCUUUUAUUUUGAAAUUCUGGUGAAAUAUCUAUUAUAUCUUCCUACUACUACUAAUGUUAUUUUGUUGCGAUAUC